UUAAAUCUAAUAGUAAUCUGCGUUGUGGAUUGGAUUUAAUCUUGUAUAGAGAAGCGAUGGGAUGAUCCGAUGUUUCCUGUAUGAUAUAUUCUCUACCUCGUGCAUGUGGCCUUUUGAAAGUAUUGGGGAUAUAAUUGAUCAUUUAUACCUUACCCACAAAAAAAGUCUUAAUGUGAAACAGUUUGCUUAAUAUGUUACGUCAAAUCACUCAGGCUUCGUAUCUAACAAAGCAAUGUAUAUAUAUAUCCAAUUCCCGAAACAUAUUUUAACAUAUAUAUGGAAUGUGUAACGUCUUUAUCGAAAGUAAUAAUUUCUUACAAGUUGAUGUGUUAACAUGUUUCUACUUUUGGUUUUAUUCAUAUAAGAGAUGGUAGGGUCUUAUAAUUCAUAUUAGGAAUGGUAGGGUCUUACAAACAUGUUUCACGAAAAUGAAAGAAAAACAAAGUGGUUUCUAAAAGGACAAGGCAUAAGCAUGUGAACUUCAUCCAUUAGCUCCACCUGAUAUGUUUCUCAAACUUUUACACUCUUCAAUAACUUGCGGUCAAAUUUUCUUUUGAUUCCCUAUAUAUACUUUAAAAACUUAGAGAAACUUGCUAACAAACAUAAUCCAUUCCACUAGAAGCCCAAGACAUUCAACAUUCUUCGUCAAAUUUGAUCAUCACCUAAAAAGUUUUUUCAAAAUCUCCCUUUUUAGUCACUUGCAUUGAUCCUCAAAGAUGGGUAUCCAAUUGAUCGGACUAUCUCAAGCAAAGCAAAAGCUUCAAAGAAGCUUAUCGGCAAGAAUCGCAAGUCUCUUGGCUACGUCGGGUACUAAUAAUGUCCCAAAGGGUCAUGUGGCCGUCUAUGUUGGGGAGACUUAUCAAAUGAAGAGAUUUGUGAUACCUAUAUCGUAUCUAAACCAUCCACUGUUCCAAGGUUUGUUGAACCUUGCGGAAGAAGAGUUCGGGUUUGACCAUCCCAUGGGAGGUCUCACCAUCCCUUGCACUGAAGAUUACUUCACUGCUCUAGCUUCGAUUCUAAGUGGUUCAUGAUAAGGGAGCUAGCUCACUGAUCAUCACAAUAUUCAUUAGGUUUCUUUAUACAAAUCUCUGUGUUUCUCUUAAAAUGUAUUUAAGUGGAGAGAAAAUAACUCGAGACUGAGAUACUAAGUGAGUCUCUUUCAAAUUUUGAUCAAAAAUGAUCGUGUGAGUUCUUUUUAACCAUUCCAUUUGUAAAGAAUUCACUUUCUGAAAAAUUAAUCUAUGAUUCUUUUUGUCCAUUAA